GUGAAAAGCUUUGCCCUUCAGCAUGAGACACGGCGGUGUCAGCGCGAAGGCAGGAGUUGCGCUCUCAGUGCGUCCCAGAUCCCCGGAUCCUCAGCUCUUUCGCUUCUCUUUCUCUUUCCUUUGCCUUCAGAGACAACCACCAACCAUGAACUCAAAUUCCACCCCUCAGCGGAAGAAUGCCCGUUCUUAAGAACCUCCCGGGGAAGCUGAAAGGGGGCAAGGUGAACGGGGAGCUGGAGACCCCGCGGGGGGGCGAGCUGAUUCUACACAAGAUGAGCCUGAACCGGAACCCCUUCGAUGACGAGCUGGGGGGCGGCGGCAGGGAGGAGGAGUGGAGCGAGGGCAACGAGAGCUCGCUCCUGGAGGGGGGCGCGCCACGCGACCGCAACCCCUUCGAGGACGAGGAGGACGAGAACGAGGCCAACGAGGAGCGGCGCGGCGGGACGGGGAAGGGCGGCUCGCUCAAGGGCACGCUGGACCGCAUCCGCGGGGUUUCACCGCUCAAGACCCUAGGAAAGCUGGGAAAGGGGCUCCGCAUGUCGGGCCGCAGCAAGGGGGAGGGAACCCCGUCCCCGAAAGGCUCCAUCGGCCUGCCCUCCCCCAUGCAGAAGAAGAAGAAGGGGCGGCGCAGCUCAGAGGGGAGCUUACUCAGAAUCGCCGGCCGCUGCAAAGAGAGCCGGCGAAAGGAGAGCCUGCCCAAUGGGGACCUGGCAUCCGAGGGCGGCGACGACUCCAGCCGCCGCCUGUCCUUCCUCAAGAUGGUGCGAGGAGGCAAGCCGAAGAGGGAGUCUGUGACGGACCGAGUGUCACAGGACCCCGAGGAGGAAAAAGUGGAGGAAGUCCCGGAGGUCAAACCCAGGGAGCCUCUCUCAGUCCUGGAGAUCCUGCAGCUGGUCACCAAGCGGGACCUGCUCCUGGCCGACACCCACAUCCUGGAGCUGGAGCAGGAGUGUGAGGAGGCGGCGGCGGCGGCAGCAGCAGCGGCACUGAGCUCGCCGGGAGGCGUCUCUGCAGAGGAGGUGACCAGCCCCAGCAGCAAGGACGGGGGCCGGCGCAAAGCCAAGGACGUGGAGCUGCUGUACGAGGCCCUCCAGAAGGAGCUGUGGGAGGUGGUGCGCGAGUCGCUGCGCUCGCCCACCGCCGGGCCCAACCUGGGCCUGGUGGUGCAGGUCCUGCAGCAGGAGGAGCAGGCUGACCGGGACUGGGCCCAGAGGGACACGCCGCCCGCGGGCCCCCGACCCCGGCAGCUCAAGCAGCGCUGGAAGGAGGCGGUGGCCGAGGCGGCCGACGCGACCCUGCCGCAGCAGGCCGAGGCGCAGGUGGGGCAGCUGGCGGCGUACCUGGAGCGCCUGCGUAGCCAGGUGGUGGACAACCUGGGGGCCGCCCGGCGGAACGCCGUGCCGGUCUACCCCGAGGAGUACGCCGCCUUCCACGUCUACGUGCAGAGCUACCACCAGGCCAUCGCACGCCGCCUGCAGAAGAUCACCAGCUCGCCCCUGCAGGUGGCUGACAUCUACUCCCUGCUGGACUGGAUCUACAACAUUUAUGACAGGGACGUUCUUGGUGUGGUCAGCAUAACUACUCCAAUCAACCGCUCCCAGCUGGGACCACUGCUGCCCUCAGAGACCGUGGACAAGUUGGAGCUGGACUGUCUCAACUCCGUCAGGCACAAGGUGACCAAUGAGCUGUCCCAGAUCCUUGAUGAGGAGGAGAGGCGAUGGACUGAAAUGCUGCAAUCCGAGGACUACCAGUCCACGCUGGCCCGCACUGUCAUUCAGAAGCUGCAGGUGGACCUGGAUAGAUCAGCAGCUGUAAACAGAAAUCUGGGCUCCCGUGUGGCACAGUGCAGUCUCAAUGGACUGGCUGAUUUCCUGUAUAGCUUCAAAAAGAAAGUAGAGAUUUUCCAUGAAACCUUCCAGAUGGAGUCUGGGGAACGAGUGAAUGGAUAUGUCUCCACGACUAUCGCCCAGGUGAACUGCUGUCCCCCUUUCAGGAACUUUGUUGAGCGCUGUGGGCAGAGUGAGUCUGAGCUCAGUGAGGAGUCAGCACGGAGAGCCAACGCCUCUCUGGACAGGAUUGUGCACCAGGCGGUGAAGGUGUUGAGCGACAGGCUCUUCGAGAACAUCAGGCCUUUCUUUGACAAGCUGGUGAAGAGGAAGUGGCUGAACAAUACAGAAGCCUAUGAUGCAAUCAUGGAUAUCAUCAAAGAGCACUUCAAGAAGUUCCGCAGAAUGGACAGCCCCCCAUAUCAGGACCUGGUAGGUGAGGUGCACAGACGGGUUCUUAUUGAAUACCUGCGCGCCAUUAUGAGGGGGAGGAUCAUCUGCACGUCACUCAAGAUGAGGAAGAGGAUGGCCAGCCGACUGCGUGACGAGAGCAAGCAGCUCAAAGUCCUCUUCAAAGACCUGGAGUCCGCGUCCUCGUGGCUCGACAGCGCGGUCCCACACCUGUCGGAGAUCAUCCUCCUGGAGGACACGCCCUCCAUCCAGAUGGAAGUGGGCGUCCUGGUGCGAGAGUUUCCUGACAUUCGGAAGAAGCACAUAUCCGCCAUCCUCAACAUCCGCGGGAUGACGCGGCAAACAGAGCGGCAAGAGAUCCUGAACAUUGUGAAGGACAUCGAGAACAGCGACAGCCUCACGCAGCUGUCCCGGGACAGGGCCCUCUUCUCCGAGGUCCCGGUGACCUCCGAGGUGCACUGCCUCAACCUGGGCCUCAGCCGGAUCGCCCUCACAGCGUCCUCCUGCUUCUCUAGCCUGAGGCCACGCCGCAAGAGGACCCCUGACAGAGAGGUGGCCGACGACAUGCUCUGAGCCUCCGACCACUAUAGGGCAGUGCCCUAAACUGUCAGGUGUCUCUGCAGUUCUUUCCUCUUCUGGGGGUCUUAUUUGAGCCUAAGGGGAGUGAAGGAACAUUAUAUUCCUCCCCUCACGGCUCCAUGCAGAUGGAAUGUUGUAUUACAAGAGGCAAAAAUGACAUGAUAAAAAGAGGACCAAUGAUAUUUUCACCUCCUACAUAGACAUUCCUUCUCCACUUUCAUGAGGGGAAACAGUCUGGGACAAGACCAUUUUUUCCCUUCAUUUCAAAGCUGAGACUCUUACUAAACACCGCAGAUGUUGCUUGCUUCAGAGGAAAUAACGUAAGUCUGUCUGUUGAGUACUUACACGAUAAUCAAGAUAAGUUGCCUUGAUUUAAAAUACCAGGAGUUUGCCAAAUGUCCAUUAUACUGAGGCUAAGCAGUUGACCUCUGUUGGUUUCAUGACUUUAACUGGAUAACAAACACCAGUUGUUUCACACGGAGUAUGGUUUGGAUCACAUGAGGGUUACAAAAGAAAUAUAAUGUGCUACUGAUGAAAAGUAACAUUUAACUGAAGAACAAGGAAAAUAUUGCUGAUAGAAAUAUCUUGCCUACUCACAGCAGCUUAGCUACAGUAAUAUCAAUGCGAUGGCUGGGUUGGUGAUGGUAAAUGCUUGGCCCCACAUGAUAAAUGCUUGAUUUAAGGUACUAUCUGAUUUUAAUUAUCAUUUCAUUAUGAUGUGUUUCUUCAUAUUUAAAAGUUAUUAAUACACAAUUUAUUUCUCAUGCCAUCAUAAAGGCAAAUAUAAAUUGUGAAACUCCAGAAAAAAGAUGAGAUCAAGACGACAACUAUUUAUAUAACAGCAGAAGGUCUUAUUUAUUGUAAUGCAGUCUGACUGUCCUGUAACUGUCAAAUUCCUACCAAUUCAUUCAUUUGAAUGUAUAGUCAUUUUAAUUUGUGCUCGCUCUGAUUUUAUCUUACACCCACAAGGAACCAAGACAAAAAGCUGUUAUCAUCAGAGAAAUGUUAAAAAUAGUAAUACAAAAAUAAUCUUUUCAGUGUACAUUUACUUUUACUAGAUUUACAAGUGAAUCAUUGCUGUUAGUGUAGUUUGUGGUCAGACGAUUUAAUGUUCAUUUUAUACUUGAUAUGAGAAGACUCUGUAGUCUUAACAUAUAAAUGACAUUUAUACUGGAAUAUAAUCUGCUAGGAGAGGUGCAGAAGAGGGGGUAUGAUCCCCCCUCCCUUGGGAUGUUCAAAACUAAUUACUCCUUCAAAAUUCAGAAUUUGUAUUGUAGAUUGGAAAAUGGCAUUUGAAAGACAAUCCCUGAUAAUUAUGACACUCUUGGAUUCUUGUUCUUUACACACUAUGUUUCCACUCACUUUUUUCCAGUGUGUUGGUGGGGUGCCUAGAUUACCUUCAUAUACCCUUCAGCAUACUGUAUUUCCUGUUUAUUUUUGUGACCACUGUGUAAACGGUGUACAAUUGA